CGGAGGCGCAUAUACGACGGCUCGACACCGAUAUACCGACAACGACAACGACGCCGACCGGCGACCAUCAUCCGUCCUAGCGUCUGCAGUUGUUGCAGUCGGCCACGGCGCUCACCGUCGAGCACGCGACCGUAUUCAGUUCCAGGGGAUUCCCGGCCAAUUUCCCUCUGCCAAUUCGACGCGGCCGUUUUCCCCAUCGUCGUCGUCGUCGCCGCUACGCUGCCGAAGGAUAAUACGCGCGUUACGAUAGUGAGUCACAGGUGCCACGAAGCCGACUGGACGAGAACGAUCGGAAUUCUAUUUCUCUUUCUCCUUCUUUCUCUUUUUCACGCACGGACGCGCGCGCGCACACGCGCGAACACACAGGAGCGUGCGUCGACCGUGCGUGUGUGUCUGCUGCUGAGUGGCGCGAUCGGAAUUGGGAAGGCCUGGAGCGAACCGAUCGACCGGUCUCCCCGCACACGCGUUUCACCCGUGCGUCCACGUCGAUGACUCUUCCACGAGUGAUUCGGGCACAGUGAGGGUACUCUCGGAAGGAGGGGUAUCCGCAGUGACAAGAAAGGGACCAGAAGCGACGAGGUGGAAGCGAAGGAAGAGAAGCAUCUCGCGUCGGUGGAUCGUCGGAUGGUGGUAAUCCGGGCGAACCAGGGCGUGGAAAUCUAGGUGGAGGAGGAAAGAUUACAGGCGACGCGCGGUGAUCUCGAUCGCGUGGCAAGGAGGAAGAUCUAGGGGACGGUUCGUGGACGAAGAGAGAAAAGUGCAGGGUAGAAGUCGAAGACGUUGUUACGUCGGAGGAGCGAACGUUUACACGGUCGUAAAACGGCGACACGGAGGGGGUUUUACAUGCGUCAUCGUCGUGCGGGUACAAAUCGCACGCGACCAUACGCUUCGACGACAGUACACGUGCGUAACGACGGGCUCGAUCGCUCCUGCGAGACACGGGGCUUCGAUCCUCUUUCAAGGACACACGGUGAUAAAUGCGGUGCCGGAGAUGACGUCCUCCGCGUUCUCCAAAAUGACCACCCGGCUGGUCCUGCUGUGCCUGGUCGUCGCGUGCAACGGUGUACCCGUGCCAGAAGAGACUGAUGAGGCUACCACGGUCAACGCGACGGCGAUCAGCACGGUUUCCGUUGAUCCCGAAAUCCAGGGACACUCGAUGGACGAUAUCCUGCCAGGAACCAAAGCUCCACCGGAUCCGGUGACAUUCGUGGACGUUCCGGAACACACGGAAACGGAACUCGGUUCGUCGGUGCUUCUAGCAUGCAGAACCGCUAAUCCUGUGGCCGAGUGCCAAUGGUCCUGGCAACCUUUGCCACCGGUUCACCUGCCACUUCCGGACAUCAGCGAAACCCCAGCGACCACCACCACGGUCUCGGUGAUUCAGACGACAACCACGCCGACUACCAAUCCGCUGCCGGUACGACAAUUUCCUGCCUUCGGGAACAAUAGCAACGACUGUUCCGUAAGAUUCUCGAGUACGAAGCACGAGCAGACCGGAUACUGGACCUGCGCCGCGAGAACUUCCACGAAUGAUCCUUUCACCAGCACGGAACCCGCUAAGCUGAGCAUCGUUAAUGAGCACCAGAGUCCCCUGAUCGUGUUUGCCAAGCUCGACAACGUGGUCGAGGUACCAGCAGGAUCUUCGGCGCAAAUAAUGUGCCAGAUGAAAUCACCUGUCCGUGAAUGUCAAUGGUCCUGGCGGCAGUUGAACCAAUCGCAGCCGUGGAACCUUGAGGUGAAACGAUUUCCAGCUUUCGGCAACGAUAGCACCGACUGCAGCAUUAAGUUCAAGAACGUGUUGCCGGAGCAAGAAGGAUACUGGACCUGCGGAGCCAGAAUCGACCCGAAUUCCUCGUUCACGCAGUCGAAUCCCAUCCGAUUUCUCAUUUCGGGAGUCGAAUUCGUACAGUUGUCUAGAGGAAUCCAAGUAGCGUCUGGGGAGUCCGUGCUGCUGAGAUGCCUGGUGAACAAGCCAGUGGUGCAAUGCGAAUGGUCCUGGAGAUCUUCCAACUCGAGUCACGAGCCUCUAUUAGUGAAGAAGUUUAAUCCUAACAAAGACGCCGAUCACGACUGUUCAGUGAGAUUCAAGAACGUCCUGUACGAGGAGGAAGGACUGUGGACCUGUGGCGUUCGAUUGUCACCCGAUGGAAUUCUUCACGAAGCGCCACCUGCGACUGUUAGCCUGCUACCCACAGCCAAAGUCAGCUUCGUUGAAAUGCCGACGGACACUUCCGUACCGAUUGGUACGGAGGCCACGUUGAAAUGCGUAACGAGCAGCCGCGUGGAGAAGUGUACGUGGACCUGGAAACCGCUUCACGGAAACGAGCCGGAGAUCGUGGCUCAGGAAUACCCGAGCAAUGGCGACCUUGGUAGAGACUGUUCGCUUACGCUGCCGAGGGUAUAUGCCGAAAAACAGGGUCAGUGGGCCUGUCAAGUGUCGAUCAGUUCCCUCAACACGAUGCUGACCUCGCCGUUCGUCAAGCUCACGGUGUUCGAGCAAGACGAGGUGAAAUUCUCAGAACUGUCUCAAGACAUCCAGAUAUCAGCCGGUGGAAGCGUUUUCCUUCAUUGCGUGACCUCCUCGGCCGUGGAACAAUGUCGAUGGUCCCUGACGCCGGUGAACUCGAACACCACGGUAGUGGUGAAGCAAUUUCCGGCAGCCGGAAGCGAGGCCAGGGACUGCAGCGUGAGGCUGACGCACGCGCUAGCGGAACAGGAAGGACUGUGGACCUGUGGCGCCAGGGUACGCGGCAGACAGAACUACACGGACGCGCCUCCAGCCAAGCUGAGCCUCUUGGAACCAGAACCAGUAACUGUGGCAUUGUGGGCUGUGCCCCAUCAAAUGGUCACUCUUUCGUGCAAAGUAGAAACCGAGCUGUCAGAAGUGCAAUGCCACUGGAUCCACGCGCCGAAAGUCCAUAUCUAUCAGAAUAUGACUGGAAGCAAAAGGCACAAUAUACAGAUGGAUUACAAUACAGGUAUAUGUACUUUGGAAUUUAAACCAGAUCAUUCAGAUUUAGGGCAAUGGACGUGCAAAUUCACUACUUCCAGUGAAAAUGCCGAUGAAGAAUUAGGAAGCGCGUCACUUGUUCUGUUGAAUAGUCUGGCUGAUGAAAAGUUGGGAUGGAUAGUAGGUGCUCUGACAACUUUGAUUCUAUUCCUGAUGAUUAUCAUGGUUGUUUUAGUAGUUUGCAAAACACGUUUAUUUGUCAGGAAGUCAUCACGAGUUUUAGAAACAAUUCAUGUGUCAGAAAAGAAACAGACUUCGGAAUUAAAUAACGAGCACUAUACUGAAAAUCCAACGAAAGGAAAUAUACAAAUUUCUGAGCAAGAUGACCAAAAUUUAACAAAUAUCGACAGCAUCCUACCUAAUAGAAGUCCACAUUUAUACGAUCGCAAUGAAAGAUAUAGAAAGUCAUCAAAGGUGUAUGAAAAUAUUCGAAUAUAAGA